UAGUCGCGCUGUCAAACUGUGAAAGAUGCAAGCGACCGGGUCGAAAUUACUGCUGCCAACGAUUUGCAAAUUCCUGGCCAUUUUCUGCAUAAUUAUUAAAGAAAACUAUGUGGCGGCCACUGUGAAUCCAAGUGCCAUUGGCGUGCAUAGACGGUUUGAGUAUAAGUACUCGUUUAAGCCGCCAUAUUUGGCUCAAAAAGAUGGCACCGUACCGUUUUGGGAAUACGGGGGAAAUGCCAUUGCCAGUGCGGAAAGUGUACGCGUGGCGCCCUCGUUGCGCUCACAAAAGGGCGCCAUCUGGACAAAAUCGCAGACCAACUUUGACUGGUGGGAUGUGGAGAUUGUCUUCCGCGUAACGGGACGUGGCCGCAUUGGCGCCGACGGUCUGGCGUUCUGGUACACCACCGAGAAGGGAGACUACAAUGGUCCCGUAUUUGGCUCCUCUGACCGUUGGAACGGUCUGGCCAUCAUCUUUGAUUCGUUCGACAACGACAACAAGCACAAUAAUCCCUACAUUAGUGCUGUGCUGAACGAUGGCACCAAGCAGUAUGAUCAUGCCAACGAUGGAACGACGCAGCUGCUCAGUGGCUGUCUCAGGGAUUUCCGAAACAAGCCGUUCCCAACUCGUGCCCGCAUCGAAUACUACAACAAUGUGCUGACCGUCCUCAUCCACAAUGGCAUGACGAACAACAACGAUGACUACGAGAUGUGUCUACGUGCCGAUGGCGUUCAAUUGCCCAGAAAUGGUUACUUUGGUAUUUCAGCUGCCACUGGUGGCUUGGCCGAUGAUCACGAUGUGUUCCACUUCUUGACCACGUCGCUGCAUGCGGCGGGUCAAGUGCAGGAGCCACCAAAGGCGGACAACCAGGAGAAGCUGACACAGGAAUACAAGGAGUAUCAGGAGAAACUGGAGAAGCAAAAGCAGGAAUACAAAAAGGAACAUCCAGAUGAAGCGCACAAAGACGAAGAAGAGUGGGAAGAGUUUUACGAAUCGGAGAAUCAACGCGAGUUGCGUCAAAUCUGGCAGGGUCAGAGUCAGAUAGGCGAUCAUCUGCGCGAACUGUCCCGAAAGGUGGACGAGAUCAUUGGCCGCCAAGAGAACACACUAUCACUUGUCUCCCGCGGCUGUGCGACUGGUGCUGGUCAAGCUCUUCCACCUGCCGCGGCUGGCAGUGCGCCGGUCCAGCAGCUUGCAGGCGGAGUUGGUGUUACCAGGCAGGAUGUAGAUUUGCUAAUUGCUAAUCAGAACAUUCUGCUUAGCACCAUACGUGAAAUACGCCAACUGGCGGGCGAUAUCAAUGUGCGUACUGAUAACAUACAAACAAAUCAGAAGAACGCGCCAACAGCACAAAUUCAGUCCACGGGCUACGAUGUUCAAUCGUUGAUCACGGAAAUGCGGGAUGGCAUGAAUCAGGUCAAACAGGGUAUCUCCCAUGUGGGUCAGAGAUUGGGUAUGCCUCAAGGCUCGGCGCAGACAGCUCCUUGUCCCACCGGCAGUUGUGUAGGUGUCACGUUGUUCCUAAGCGUAACCGUUGUGCAGCUGCUGCUUGUCUUCAUCUACAAUAUAUUCAAAAACCGCAGCGAGGCGCAAGCGAAAAAGUUCUACUAGGCAGUCUGCUAAGUCAACCAAUCAGCAACGUAAACAACACACAUUCUCACACACAACACACACACACACCUGACUAGGCGGCAACUAAAAUUAGUUGAAAUGAAAUACUUAAGACUUCAGCAAAGUUUGCUCUACAAUAUUGUAUAAUUGUUAUUUUACGUAGAUCUAAUAGAUUUGCAAAGCGUCAGGUGCCCAAAAUUGAACGUGACUUAACUGUAAUGAAACUGAACAAUUAAUUUGAACAAUGUAAUAAGCCACAUGACAAAAGCCAGAAGACAAAUGUUUGCAGUUGUAGUUCGUUAGCAUCUUUCACAUUGUGUUUGUAACCCAAUUUGAUAAGUCAAGUCUAAAGUUCCGGUCUACUCUCAAUACUGUGCAUAUCAGUGGACAGAUAUGAACUACGAACUCUGCAUUUCACUAUAUAAAAUGUAAACCUAAUGAAACAAAAAAAGAGAAACAAGAAUAAUAAUAAUAAUACGAGUACAUAAUGAAUUCCGUAAAUUUAGCAAAUAAUUACUUUAUGUUUUUUAUACGUUA